GAGGUCUCUCUUCUCCUGGCUGGCUGGCCAGUGGGGAUAGGUUUGAGCGGCGGCGCCGAGCUAGAGGUGCCUUUGGCAGCACGUGCGGGCGGAUGGCGGCUCCGCUGCGCGUGAGUCCCUUGGGGGCCCCGCGCUGAGUCGCGAGCCGGCCCCAGCGGAUGGAAGCGCGGGCCGGGCUCCGGGCGCCGCCUGCUUCCGGGCGGGCUCCCCGGGCCCGCUGCUGGGUGCUGCCCACCGCGCUGCUCUGCCUCUACGGCUUCUUCGCCAACCUGCGGCCCUCGGAGCCCUUCCUCACCCGCUACCUGCUGGGGCCGGACAAGAACCUCACCGAGACCCAGGUUUUCAAUGAAAUUUAUCCAGUCUGGACCUACUCAUAUUUGGUGUUGCUGUUUCCUGUAUUCCUUGCAACAGACUAUCUCAGGUACAAACCUGUAAUCCUUCUCCAGGGACUGAGCCUUAUAGUGACAUGGUUCAUGCUGCUCUACGCCCAAGGAUUGCUAGCUAUUCAGUUUCUCGAGUUCUUCUAUGGAUUGGUGACUGCUACGGAGAUUGCCUAUUAUUCUUACAUCUAUAGCAUUGUGGACUUGAACUUGUACCAGAAAGUCACCAGCUACUGUCGAAGUGCCACCCUGGUGGGUUACACUGUGGGUUCCAUCUGUGGACAGGUUCUGGUAUCGGUUGCCAAUUGGUCCCUGUUCAGCUUGAACGUCAUCUCCCUGACCUCUGUGUCUGUGGCUUUUGCCACAGCCUGGUUUCUGCCAAUGCCACAGAAAAGUCUUUUCUUUCACCUCGUCUUGAGAAGCCAGGUCAGUAGGGAGAUGAAAGUUCUAGAUUGUAAAAAUGGAGCUGUCAUCCAAGAUGAUGCUGCCUUAAAAAGGGUCCCUGGGUGGGAAGACAUUGAAUUGAAAGUUCCCUUAAAUGUAGAAGAGCAUUCUGCAGAGCCACAGGAGCAGAAAGUGGAUAUCUCAAAGGUGCUCAGAGAGCUAUGGCGGGACUUCCUGCAGUGCUAUUCCUCCCAGCCUAUGCUCUGCUGGUCUGUGUGGUGGGCAUUCUCAACUUGUGGCUACUUCCAGGUAAUAAACUACACGCAAGGCUUGUGGGAAAUGGUGCUGCCUUCUCAGAGCUUCAAGAUCUAUAAUGGUGGCGUGGAGGCAGUUUCUACGUUACUAGGAGCUGUUGCUGUAUUUGCUGUGGGUUACAUAAAAGUAUCCUGGGCUACCUGGGGUGAGGUGGCAUUGGCCCUCUUCUCCCUCCUCAUUGCUGCUGCUGUAUAUGUUAUGGACACUGUUCGUAACAUCUGGGUGUGUUACGUCUCAUAUGUAAUCUUCAGAAUUGUCUAUAUGCUGCUCAUCACGAUAGCAACGUUCCAGAUUGCUACCAAUCUAAACAUGGAGCGGUAUGCUCUGGUGUUUGGUAUCAAUACUUUCAUUGCCUUGGCUCUGCAGACUUUGCUCACCUUGAUUGUUGUUGACUCCAGUGGUCUUGGGCUAAACAUAUUCACACAGUUCAUGAUCUACGCUAGUUACUUUGCAGCCAUAUCGCUGGUGUUCUUGGUGAGUGGCAUACACAGUGUUAUGAAGAAUUACAGAAGACAGGAAGAGAUGCCAAGCAGAUCUACUGCAAGCACUCCUUAGUGCAGCGAAUGAGGACCUAUUCAGCUGUGAUGUGUGAAGAUGAAGUAUUUAUUAGUGUCUUUGCCACUUGUUUUCCAAGGCAGCCAUCUGAAGUGUAAUUUAUACUAUGUUAGUAGCACACGUCAGAGGGAAAAUUAUUUAAUUAGAUCUUACAUAAGUAAGAAUGGCCAUUCCUUCUCAAAUGCCUUUUUUUAUUGUUCAAUUCCAUGUGUAUGGAGGUGCACUGGGGUAUCACAAGUUUGCUCAAGAGGUGAAAGGCUAGUGAAACCUGGAGCUCUCAAGAUCAUCAGUGCAAAUAAGGCUUUGGGUGUAUAAAUGCUCCCUCCAUCCACCUGUCAGUGUUUGAGCACGAAAAGCCUUCUGCAGGUCAGUUGUGAGGUUCACAAGCAGAGCUGUGUGUGGGGAUCCAGGGCUGGAAUAGCAGGGGCCAUGCUAUAAGUCAGAAUUGAGGUGCAUUGGCGGAGCUGUGUUACCCAUGCUGUUAGACGCACACGUCUGAGUACUGAAUAUAUUUUAAAUUUGAGGUUUGUAUGUCUGCACAUUUCUUCCUAUCACUUGUACUAUUUCUACCUGGUCUACCAUCCCGUCUGUCAGAGUAUCAGACAUAGCUUUCCUUGGUUCUCUCCCUUGAAAGCUAAAAUGUGUUCUGGAUUAGCCUUCUGACACCAGUGAGUUGGCUGUUGGCAAAUACAUCUUGUUUUGGGAAAGUCCAUGCUGCUGCUUGCUUCAAAAGGACUGUAAUGCUGGAGAGAACCAAAUAAGCUAUCUAUUUGUCCAGAAUACUGGUCUGUGGGAUCAUGGAUGUCAUUUAGGACUCUUGACUCCUGUGAUGCAAAGGCCACUGACCCUGAAUGCUCCAGUGUAGGUUCGUGUAGUAGGCUACACUAGUACUGGGAAUGAAGUUGACUGACUGCGUUACUGCAGUUUUUUUCAUCUAAAUACUCAUUUCUUUGGCAUUUUUUUUCUUUUUUUUUUUUUUUUUAAACACUUGGUGACAUCCUAUUUUGAUUAGAUCUGUCCACUCGUAAACCCUUCCCCCUUUCUAACUGAACAGGAAAACUCAAUGCAUCCUAAAACCUGCCUUUGUUUUGCAGUCUGGACAACUUGGGACUCGCCUGAGUAAUUUGGAAAAGGAAGCACACAGCAGUGCAAUUUUUUGUAUCUAAAUUGGCUCUUUGGGGAGGGCCAGUUGCUAUGCUGUGUGCUUCUUAUCAAGUUGCGUCUACCAUGUUUACUCACUACUUUUUUUUUUUAUAAACACAACUGAGGUUUCACAGGUAUCCUUGGGUGGAAGAAUUUUUUUUUCUGCCGAGAACUGAGAAUUGGUCCAUAGGGGGGUGUUGGGAGGAGAGAGAGUUCCAUGAGAGAAUGCUUUUCUUACAAAGUGAGCCACAGAAUCGAGUGUGUAUGCUCAUUAUUCUCCUACUGUCCAGGACCUGAUCCAACUCAAACCUGAGAUGGCUUACGGAGCCCAACAAGUAUAGUUGGACCUGAGCCAAAAUCCCAGGAUCUGCACUUCCCCAAACUUCCUGAUUUUGAAAUCUGGUUUCUUAAUGUUUCCUGGGACCAUUUUUGCUGACCUCUAUUUGUAUGUAACUUAGCUGCCUUAUCCUGAAAAAGAAACUCGAAAGGAACAUUUAAAAGUUGUUUUUUUGUUUUUGUUUUUGUUUUUUAAGGAAACUUCUCGAGCAGUGUUAAAGGGUAGGUUUUAGGCAAGGAGAAAUUGUGAUUAAACAUAAUUUGAUAACUGUUCUUGGAAAACAGAUGGCCAUUUCACAUGCAGCCCCUUGUGAUAUAAUCUCAGCCUGGUUGCAGAUGAUACAGGAGCAUGGAGAUGAAUAACCAAAAAAGAAGCUGAACCUAGCUGUGGCUCCCGGGCUGGGAGGUGGGAGAGGAGACGUGGUCAGGGAUAAGGGGGCCGAAGCUGGGGAUGGGGAUGGAGCAAUGCUGGGAGUGGAGGGGCUGGGUGGUGCUCCCUCCCCACCCCUGUGGGGGCUGGCCUGGGUCCCAUAGCGCCUUCCUCCCGAGCGUUUGCCCCACAGUUUCAGGACCUCUGUUCUAGAGUGAUGUUACUAAUGGAUUGUGGCAAGAUCAAAAGUUACCGCCAUGUCUGUUUUAAAUAUAUGGUCACUUUAUGCUAUAUUUAUUUAGGCCAAUGAAUGUAAGUAUCUUAAGCCUGGAAGUCCGUUUCAGGUUCUUAUGAUUAUCACUGUGGUAUCUGAAUGCUGCAGUGAUGGAGUAGUAUAAGAAUCUAGAUGGAGGAGACUAUUUUGUUGUGGAGGGAGUAAUGUUUGUAGAAGCAAAGGUACAUACAUAUGAAAUAUUGCAAACGACAUCAUGCAUAAGAUCUUUUUAUUUGGUUUUUGUUCUGAUAUUACAGCAAGUUUUAUCAAAUAAAGUAUUUUACAACAUAUUUCCUAAAA